GCCUCGCCUCGAUCUGGCCGGACAGUGGAAACACUUCUCAACAGAACAAAAGCGGCCGCGGACCAAGCAGCGAUCGCGACCGAACGCCAGCUCGCAGUUGGGAAUAAAAGACGCCUAAGCGAGGGGGCGAGCGAGACCAAGUCUGACGAAAGGGCGACAAACUUGGUCGCCGUCGCAUCUUGCCUUCCUUGGCCGUUAAUCCGACGAGGUGCUCGGUGAAAUAAACCAAGGGUCAAGCCGCCAGACGGACGGGCAUUGUGUCCACAGUCUUCUUCCAAACUUCGCCCAUUUAGAGCCGCCUCUCACGAAACGGAAACUGGGGCUUUUCUUCUCGUUGUCUUUUCGCUCGCACGGAACCCCGGGACGAGGGAUUCUUUUUGUGUUCUCAAGCUUCUGCUCUGCUGUUUGCCUUCGCGAAGGGGCUCUACUUGUCUUUGGAGACUUGAAGUGGAACAAAGCCCAACAAGAAAAGGGUGAAACGCCCUACUUAUAAGGCCCAGAUGGCGACCUAUGACGAACAAAAUGGCAGAGUGGGACCACAUGCGGCCAAGUUCCUGGACAGCAGAAUGACGAAGACUCUUUGUAAAGUAAAGCAAGAAGAUGAACAGGCUGCAAAAGAAUUUCAUCUUCCUCCCAGUUCACCCGAAAGCAACCCAGGCUCUGCGUCCAGUUUCACCACCAAUCACAAUUCUGUGGUGUGCUUGCCCCUUGUGUCAGAAGAACUCAAAUUGGUGUGGACGCAUUCUGAUCAGACCCGCGAACUUGACUCCAUUCCGGAGCUCGUCCAAGCUUUUAACUUGUUUCCGUACCCAUCGUCACUUGAGGUCAACACCCUAGCCCGGGCUUGCUCUUUGCCCUUGGACAAAGUUAAGGUUUGGUUUAUGGUGCAGAGAAUUAAAUAUGGGAUCAGUUGGUCGUCAGAGGAGAUAGAGGAGACGCGACGGAAACUAUCGGUGCCAUAUUCUUUUGACGACUCCAGUGAAACAAGCGAGGAAGCCAAAGUCAUUGAGGAUAAAGAUCCCGAAGCGGAGCCCGUUUUCCCAAGUGUGACUCCCAAGAAGAAGAAACCAAAAUGUGAAUCGCCGGAUUCUUACAAACCAACCAAAUCCACGUCCCCGUGUUUCAGUUCUACCUUACCGCCACCUCAGGAUUCCUACUUCUACCGCCCACCAAGUGACAUCCCAUCAAGUGCGAAUGCGGUGGCUCCUACCGCCGCCGAUGCUGCUGCUGAGGUCUCCUUAGACCUUUCGGGGUCCUCGCCACAACAACACCGCCACGGACGCUAUAAAAAGUCAAAAGCCCAGCUUGCUGCACUUCGCAAAAGCUUUUUGAGAGAGAACUGGCCCGCAGAGGUGGAGCUUAGGCGCUUGCAGGAAGAGACCGGUUUGAGCCGCAAUGACAUCCGAAAAUGGUUCAGCGACAGCCGUUACCAGCUUAGGGUCGGACGAGGAAGCCUGGCAGCAGCCCAGGGCUUUUCGACACUACUUCCAGCUGUAGGAGGUAAACACGAACAACAAAGCGAACCUCUUUCGCUCACGACUCAAAAGAGUCGUCUUUUUAAUCCGGCGGGGAAGGGCCAAGAGGGAGCCCGGAGCAACCUGAUCAGGAAUUCCCAUUUCUUUCAGACCUUCUUGUCUCACAGCCUCGAGGCUUUCGGGGAACGGGACCUUGAGGCAGAGGGCUACGAAGCAACGGAAGAUCUGUCUGGUGACGGGGACAGUCUCAAAGACGGGGAGCAAAGCGAAGAAGAACCGCUCCAGUUGGUCAAGCCCGGCAAGCUUGACCAACAGGCUCCCCCGCAGGACCCGCCCGACGCAUUCAAAUCCUCUCCCUGCUCCUCCCCCUCUGGAACGCCGCCACUUGCGGCGUCGCCAUACAAACAGCCCCCAAACAACAUCAGCACAUCAAAGAAGUCGCUCCACUCAGCCAGGGGCAAUAAUCUACACCUCUCAACGGCAUCGACUUCCCGGACAUCUGGUGGCAGACCGAGGAAGACCAAGGAGCAGUUGGCUUUACUCAAGCAGCACUUCCUCCGCUGCCAGUGGCCCAAGAGUGAAGACUACACGGAACUUGUUAAGGUUACAGGGUUACCCCGCGCUGAUGUGAUCCAAUGGUUUGGGGACACGCGUUACGCGGUCAAAAACGGCCAGCUGCGAUGGGUUAAAGGGGUCCGUGACAAAUUCUUGGCAGAGCUCGCCGCCCAGCAGGGUAAUGCCGUUUUUCCGAACGGUUCGGGAACAUCUCCCCGGGUCGGAGGUAGCCGCAAACGGAAAUCUCCGGUGAACGGAAUGAGUGCAGGUUCCCCAAAUGUGCAGCCAUUAGUAAACUAUUUCCUCUCAACGGGCUCACUCAACGAAAAAGACCUUGACAUAUUAUGCAAGAAGUCCAAAAUGAGUUACCAACAAGUGCGAGAUUGGUUUUCAGCUCAGGUUGUUGGGGAGAGUGACCGAGAACCCGUGGCUACGGGUUAAGGUGUUGCAUCAUACCGAAGGGUUCCACUUGACUGAGUACUGCUACUAGCGCCUCCACCAGCAAGCUUAGUUGUCACUUGGUAUCUCCGUUUUGCUUGACCUGAAGCAUGACGUUUAGUCUUCCGAGCACAAGCCCAAAUCAACGUUUGAGGCCUGGAUAGUUACUUCGUUUUCUGCUUAUCCUAAUAUAUUUGAAACUGAACAAGUUUGCUGCCUGUGUUGCUGUAAAUAUAGGAAAGAAAAUUGUACACUGGGUUGCUCUAUUUUUUUUUCCUUAUUUGUUUAGCUAUAAAUGGCAGAAUAGCUCAUUGUAGCAGUAAUUUAAACCGGUGGUUCUUUUGGUACCCGAGUACAGUGGACGAGACGAGAUUUCUGUUGACUUUGCCACUGACGUUUUGUGUUCUCAUUCCUUUAUAACCCAUUAUUCCUUAUAAGGAAUGCACACUGGACAUUUCCCCCUUUAAUUUGACAUCUUGCACUUUGGAUUUGGAGCCUGCUGCCGUUAUGUUUAAAAAAAAAAAAAGUCCAAUUAGUUCAUGUACUAAACACUGUCUUGCUUUAACCUGCUGUUGUUUGUUAACUUAUACAAGGUUAGAUUAAAAAAAAAAGUUUCAAACA